UCUAUAUCUUCCACGGUGUGGCAAAAUUGGCGCUCACAUGCCGCAAGAAUCUGCAAUGGUGAGUGUUGCUUUUUCAUGCCUGUUGCUGUGGAUCAAUAGCUGCAUUGUUGAGGCGCAACAAGAGAGCUGGACAAAUCAGUUUGGAACCAGCGGGCUUGAAAAUGUCUAUGCAGUUGCGACUCUUGGGGAUGACAUCGUAGUUGCUGGCUUUACCGCUGGCAGCUUAGAUGGAAACUCAAAUGCAGGCUUUUGGGACAUAUUUGUGACGAAACUCGACAGUUCAGGUUCCAAAAUUUGGACGUUUCAAAUUGGAAGCGCUUCUAGUGAACUAGCGCGGGCUGUUCAGAUUGAGUCCAGCACAGGCAAUAGUGUUGUAGUUGGCUAUACCUGGGGAACCCUAAAUGGCGCGAAUGCUGGCAACACUGACGUAUUUGUGGUGAAAAUCGACAAUGUCGGCAGCCAUAUGUGGACGAUGCAAACAGGAACUUCCAACGAUGAUGAUCUACGUGCUGUUCAGAUUGAUUCGUCAGGAAAUAUUAUCGCUGGAGGAGACACACGGGGAGCAUUAUCUGGUUUCUCCAAUCCCAAUCCAGGGAGUAGAGACAUUAUCGUCCUCAAGCUUGACAGUUCGGGGUCAACGCAAUGGACCUUCCAGACGGGAAGCCUUUCUAACGAAUAUGUAUAUGACCUCAAGUUGGAUGCUUCCAAUGACAUUGUCUUGGCAGGUGCUACGUGGGGCCAACUUGGCAGCUCCUCCAAUGCUGGCGAUUCCGACAUCUAUGUGAUGAAACUCAACAAUGCAGGGUCUUCCCAGUGGGUUUUCCAAACGGGUACCACUGGUAGUGACCAGGGCAAACACCUUGGGAUUGAUUCUUCUGGAAACAUCCUGGUGGGAGGCUGGACGAAUGGAGAUCUGGGGAACACCAACCAAGGUAGCACGGACAUUUUUGUGAUGCAGUUGAACAGUGCAGGCGCACAGCAGUGGACCUUCCAGACUGGCACCGAAGGCGUCGACUACAUCAAGGGACUUGCAAUCGGAACUUUCAACAUCAUUCUGGGUGGAACCACCACAAGUGCCUGGCAUGGAAGCUGCAACAGAGGAGGGGAAGACCUUUUCAUCAUGGAACUGGACAGUGACGGUUCAUCUGUGCAAAAAAUCUUUCAGACCGGCAGCAGUUCGGCGGAUACGUUGGAAGGCCUUGUGUUGAACGCUGAUGAGGCCGUCAUUUUGGCCGGCUACUCCUACGGAGACCUGGGUGGCAGCAAUGCAGGAUCAGGGGAUGCCUUUGUCAUGAAGGUUCAGCAACUGAGCUGGACCUUUCAGACUGGGACCAGUGGUGCUGAUGGUGCUAAUGCUCUUCAAAUCGAUUCUUCUGGCAACAUCUUCCUCACAG